AUGCAAUACUGGACAACGAGUGUCAAUCCGGCAGUUUGGGUAGCCAUGGCUCUAGUAGUCUGCUCGUUACUCAACUUUGUCGCCGUCAAAUACUACGGAGAAAGCGAGUUCAUCAUGGCAUCGACAAAGAUCCUACUCCUCAUCGGGCUCGUGCUCCUUACCUUCAUCACGAUGGUCGGCGGGAACCCCAAGCAUGAUGCAUAUGGAUUCCGCAAUUGGACCGAUGGCGUGAUGUUUGAAUACUAUACGGAUGGCACUACCGGUCGCUUCCUUGGUUUCUUCUCCGUGAUGGUGUAUGCUGCUUUCUCCGUGGCCGGUCCUGACUUGCCGGCUUUGGCUGCUGGAGAGAUUCAGAACCCACGAUACACUAUUCCCCGAGUUGUCAAGAUGACCUUCUGGCGUAUCGUUGGAUUUUACGUCGUCGGCGUGCUAGCCGUUGGAAUUAUCUGCAAUCCAAACGAUCCUCGUCUUAUGUCCGCCAUUGACUCUGGUGCCGCUGGAUCUGCUGCUUCACCCUGGGUGAUUGGCAUUCAAAACUUGGGCAUCACUGGCCUUCCUGAUCUGAUCAAUUUCCUGAUUCUUCUGUCUGGCUGGUCCUGCGGAAACGCCUAUCUCUAUAGUUCCAGCCGAACUCUUUACUCCUUGGCUCGCGAUGGCCAGGCCCCGAAAUUCCUUCUCAAGUGUACGGCAUCCGGUAUCCCCGUGUACUGCGUGCUUACCGUCUCGCUUCUCUCCUGCAUCACUUUCCUCGUCGCCGGCUCCUCUUCGGUGACCGUAUUCUACUGGUUUGUGGAUCUCACGACCAUCGCCUUCGUGCUCACUUAUACGGGCAUGCUGGUCGUCUUCAUUGGCUGGUACCGCGCCUUAAAGGCACAGGGCAUCGAUCGCAAGUCCUUCGUCCCCUGGGCAUCUCCCUUCCAGCCCUACUUUGCCAGCUUUGCGAUCGGCAUUGGUACCUUGACAGCCAUCUUUAACGGAUUUUCGGUGUUCAAGCCCUUCAGCGUGCAGGGCUUUGUGACAUCCUAUUUCGGUCUUGCUUUCUGGGCUGUUAUGUUUGUAUUCUGGAAAGUUUAUCAUCGGACCAAGUUUGUGGAUCCUGCUCAUGCGGACUUGUACUCUGGCAAAGCCGAGGUGGACGAGGAAUGUAAGGAAUGGGAAGAUGGUGGAUGGGAGGAGCGUCGAAAGGCCGAGUUGGCGCAGAUGAAUUUUGUGCGACGAUGCUGGGAGCGAAUGUGGUAA